CCGUGGCAAUCAAUUUGCGGUGCCCAUAACGUUCGGCGGUGUCGUUUUUUUAAUUUGAAAACUGUUUUGUAAGUAAUGGAAUAUAAUCAACAGUUGUAUAAUAAUAAUAAUCUUUUAUUUGUAAAUUUAGAGCGCGUGUGCAUUUGUUGAAAAAUUGUGUUUUAAGUUUGAAAUUGUGAUCCGUGAUCGAAAAUAUUUGCCUCCAUCGGUCGGCGGUGGCGUGUUUUAAAAUUUUAAAAUAGUUUUGCGGACGUGUUUCCAUCGUAAAUUCUGACUGUGCUUGCAUCAGAAAACCAUUUCCAGUUUCCUAAAAUGGAGCAACAAGUGGAGUUAAUUUCCAUCAGUGGGCCCAUUCUUCCCACUGUUCCCGAUCCAAUAACGGAAGCCCAGAGAGCUUACAACCCAAUCCUUGAUAAAGAGAGCUCCAAACUUGGGCUAGACGAAAUGCUCUCCCGGGCUGGUCUCAGCAAUUACGCCAGCAUUAUUAUGUCUGAUCACGGAAUCAGAGACUCCGAAGAAUUCUGUCAGCUUCAAGAAUGCGACUUGAAGCUUUUUUGCAGAAUUGCUCGUGAUCGUAUUUUGCUUCGACGACUGCUCACAAACUUGAAAAACUUGUUUAAUACGGCGGAUAAAAUGGACAUACCUGGACGAGUUGAUCAAGCCGUAGAACUUGUCGCGCAAAAUCCGAAAAAGUUCAAAAACUUCACGGAGUAUCUGAAUAACAGAUCAGAUGGGAAAGCUGUAUUGCAGUACUAUGAUGAACAUGGUACUUUGACGAACGCGUUAAGAAACGAUCUGGUUAAAAUGAUUCUGAUGGAUGCAACUAUGGAAGGUGUAGAAAUGAACACUAGAUUUAACGAGUAUAUAAGUCAAAAAAUAGCUGUCACGUUUCCGAACGAAAAUCCUGAUACAUAUUACAAAGCUGCGCAUACCACCACGGAAGGAUUGAGAGUCACCUCGACAGGCAAACUACUCAAAAGAAAAGGUCCAGUACUUCAAGCACUAGGUCUGAGGAAGACCAAGGAGAGAAAGACUAUCUCUGUACCGAAGUCGGCAGAUGUCUCAGAUGAAGAACAAUUGAAUGCUAGAAACUGGCUAAUAUAUGGAAGAACGCCCAUCGAAAUGUUACGGCAGCAAUGGGAAGUAUGCUACGAAUUGCGAAGAAAAGAUGUAGAGAACGCUGAUGAGCUAGUAGAGGUCUUUGAACUCUACCCAAUAUUCAAAGAUCCGAAGGCGGCAUUUUUGAUAGAGCUUGAUUUUGAUAAAAUGUACCCUGGCGCGACGAGCAACUUUUACGCUCGAUUUCCUUUGCUGCAUCAUAAAUUGGAAAAAUUUAUUGCAGACGCAGUUUCGAAGGACAAAGCUUAUUCUCCUUUAUGCGAAGCAUACAAAUCUGCGACAGAUGGACAUCGGAAGGACUAUCUUCUGUGUAUGCUCAUGCCGCUGGUUAUUCAAACCAAUUAUCGCGUGAAAGGAAAUUGGAAGCCGUCUAUUAAAGAGACCCAAGAUAGUUUCAUCUUGGAAGUUGAGACCGCAGGUGACGUCCGACGAAAAAUACAGCAGCGGUUGGAGUUCCUGAAGAGUAAAUUUGGCGACAUGCGUCUUCAACCACAGAUUGUUGCGGUGGCAUCCACAAGGACAGAUUCGGCAAUAUUUGUUAUGUUCGGUGGAUCUGAGUACAUAGCGGAGAACAUACUACAUGCACUUUGUAUAUGA